AUAGAAUGAGAAGGGGGAAUGAAGGAGAGAGGGAGAGAAAAACAGCAAGCAACAAAGAGAGUGUUAAGCAGCCACAUGCAGAGAGUUAGGGGGAAGUAGUGCCUCUGUGUGCAGUUUGGUCACCGGUGUUCACUAAAGAGCUAUUCACUCUGGAACAGUUUUGAUUGCUGAAUUGAAGUCUCCACAGUGGCUGUGGUCAUCAGGACAAGGGCAUUCACCUGCUUCCAGCUCUGCUUGGAGAAAGGAACUGUUGUCGUUCCACAUCUGGCAAGAACCCAGCAUUGCAUCCACAUCACCACAACUGCUGGAAAGAAUCUGUGAAAUGUAACCAGUGAUUGAUCUCCAAACCACCGAUUCCAGGAGACGCAUUGAAGAGCUGGUGACGGAAUCUGCAGAGAGAGAGACACCCAUCCACUUCCGAGGGGUGGGGGGGAUGACCUGACCCCUGCUCCCCUGAGGGUAAUGAUCUUCCUCCAUGCCCCUUAAUGUGCCCCAUUUGCCUAUCAGUGGCCUGAACUACAUCACUGAGACCCUCUACAGGUUCUGCCGAGCAUGUCAAAUGCCAGCAUCUCUCCAAGUCUGAACCAAUGCAAAGAUUACAGCUCCAACCACCGGCUGCACCUGGUUGGGUACAGCCUGAUCUUUGUGGCAGGUUUGAUGCUCAAUGCUGUGGCACUCUGGGUCUUCCUGCGCUACCUGCACCUCAAGUCUGUGGUGAGCAUCUAUAUGUUCAACCUAGCAGUAAGCGACCUGCUCUUCACACUCUCGCUGCCACUACGGCUCUAUUACUACUCCAGCCAGCACUGGCCAUUUGGCGAUUUCCUUUGCCAGGUAUCAGGCUCCUUCUUCCAGAUCAACAUGUAUGGCAGCUGCCUCUUCCUCAUGUGCAUCAACCUGGACCGCUACGUUGCCAUUGUCCACCCACUCCGCUGGCGCCACCUUCGGCGGCCCAAGUUGGCCCGGCUGCUCUGCCUGGUGGUGUGGGUGCUUAUCCUCGUGGGCUCUGUUCCAACUGCUGAUGUCCACAGGUCAAGUCCCUGCAUCAAAGAGAACCAGACCAUCGCUCUGUGUUUUGAAAGCUUCAGUGAUGGCCUGUGGCAGAAGAGCAUCUUCCCACUGGUCAUUCUGGCUGAAAUCCUGGGCUUCCUCUUACCACUGACCUCUGUGACGUACUGCUCAAUUAGAAUCUUCCAGAAGCUAUGCCAGGCCAGUGGGACACAGAGCCUGCACCAGCAGAAGACUAUCCGCCUGCUUGUGGUCAAUCUGGUAAUCUUCAUCAUCUGCUUUGUGCCCUACAACACAACUCUGGCAGUGUAUGGGAUGAUAAAGGCCAAUGUGAUUCAGGCUGAGGCAUCAGUUCGGGACUCCGUGCGCCAGGUGCUUAUUGUCACAGUGCUGUUGGCCAGCAUGAACUGCUCUUUGGACCCCCUAAUUUACUAUUUUAGCACUGAAGGUUUCCGGAACACCUUCAAGAAGCUCCGUCAUGGCCAGGCAUGGGACUCUGACACAGGGAUGGCCAAGACUCAGGUCACAGAGGAGAAACCCUAUAGAGCACACUCCAGUCUAGGAGUAAAGCGGUACCCAGUUCAAAACUUCAUCCUCUCCAAUGAGGACUUGCCACUGGCUCCCAUCAAAAUAUUUUUGAAUGGCCCAAUUGAGGACUCUGAAAUAUAAUCCUGGAAGGCAUGGGGUUGCUGAGUUAUAGGGUAGCCAUAAGAUGCCAGGAAGAUUGUGGAAGUUGGCUAGAGUGUACCCUGAUCAAACUGGAGAAGCUCAGUAGGGUGGUAAAGAAAUGUGAGAAGCCAUGUAAGGAUGGUAAGCUUGGUGAUGCAAAAAUAAAUUACAAAAAAUCUUUUACAACAAAAUGAGAAAUGGUGGAUAGAUGUUUCUAAAACACUAUAUAUUCUGCUAUGGGAAACAUACAGUGGGAAAUAUGUACCUAGAACAAAUGAACACACACACACACACACUCAGCAAUUUUAUUUUGUUCUUUUCUACAUAGGUUCUUAUACCAUGCUCAUCAUUGCAGAAUCUGAGUGCACACUUGUUGUAGAGGUCUCUAGAACACCAGAUAAGUUUUUGUAGUUAGUGCUGAUGUACCUAAAAUACACAUACUCCGAGGAUGUAUACUUGUUAAAGAUGUACUGAGGGUAAGAUUUUUCAAAACUGGGAGCUAAAUGCACAAAGGGACUUAGAUCCUCUCUCUCUCCUCCUCUUCCCCCCCCCUCCCCCAAACACAGUUGGAGGAGGGUGAGGGUGGUGGUGUCCCCUCUUAUACAGAGUAGCCCAGUGGUGAGAGUGCUCACCCAAAAUGUGGGAGACCUGGAUGUGGAGCAGGGACUUGAACAUGUUUCCCAACUCCCAGGUAAGUGCCCUCACAACUGCAGUGAGUCCUUCUGAAUCUACCCUGUUGAAGUUGUUCCACUAAACACUAAAAUAUUAAUGAGACCAGAGAUAGCAUAAGACUGACUCUAUUGCUUAAUGGUUAGCACACUCACCUGAGAGUCCUGGGUUCCAAUCCCAGCUCCAGUGAAUAUUUAAAUAUUUGAGUGACAUACCCUAUAGCCUAGUGUUUAGAGCACUCAGCUGGGAGGUGGGAAACCUGUAUUCAAGUCCCCAUUCCAUAUCGGACAAAGUGGGAAUUUGAACUCAUGUCCCUGUAUCUUGGAUGAGUGCUCUAACCACUGGGCCAUGGAGUAUAAAAUGACCACAGUUCAUUAAUGCACUUUGAUUUAGUCCUCUUUGAAAAAGGAAUAGAUCAAAGUACAUUAACCUACUUUUAAUGCAAGUCAGCAGGGUCCACACAGAUAGUUAGUCUGUGGCAGUCUAAUGUGGGCUAGCUUCACCUCCCAGCUUGCUGUGAACUAAAUGAUUGUGUAGAGAAGCCCUUCAUGAAAGAACAUGCAGUCAUUGCAUAUG